ACCCUGAUGAUAGAACCUCUAAUUUGUUAUGUUUGGUAUAAAAUGCGACUGUAAUGUUUUGUUAUCGAGUUCUUACUUUGAAUGUCAGACAAAAUGUACCGUUUUGCCGUUUUCUUGGUUGCCGUGUUAGUAUGGGUCGAAGCAGAAGUUGAUGUACGAGUUUGCGUUGAAACAGCUGCGUACAAUGGAGCCUGUUGUCGGUUCAACAUGACGGGAGAGAAGAUUGCAAUGUUAAGGGAAUGCACUGGCAAUUCAAAAAGUGACCCCAGUGAUCCUAAGAAUUGCGAUUUUGAAACUUGCUACGGGCUCAAAGCCGGUUUCCUGUUCUCCAAUGGAACAAUUGACAAAACCUCGUUUGAAGCAAUGAUAGAGGAAGACUUUCAAAACAACUCUGACGUUAAGGAGUUACUUAAAGAAAAAUGUUUAGUGGAUGACCUGAGCUUCUACGCUCUACCGGAUAUUAAUAUGUGUGAAGCUAAAAAAAUUGGAAAUUGUUUACGUGUUUAUACUUUAUUGAACUGUCCUCAAUGGCAAGAUUCGGAACACUGCAACAAAGUAAAGGACACAAUCAAAGAAUGCGAAAGUGUAUAUCCAUGAAUAAGCGUAUUUUUAGCAGAAAGCAGGACCAUUUUUAUCUUAAUAAUAUUAUUUUUAUAGAAGCAUAAUGUAACAAGACGAUUAUUCGUAAUAAUUAGUAAUAAUUAAGGAAUGAUGAACCUACUUGUAUAGGCAUAAUAAAUUAAAAGCUAGUGUUGUUUGGUUAUCUUGAAA